GAGGAAUGAAAAAAUAUUUUGCUGCUCAACUAAAUCGGACGGGAAAUCUGCCAACGACUGAUAUAUUGUUGAAAAAUAACUAGAAAUUUCCUUUCCAAGUGUCCAAAUUGUGUCCCAGAGUGAAAUUUAAACGUUCAAAAGUGCAGUGGAAAUAAAGUUUGCCCGGAAUUCAAACUGGUAAGCGAGAAAAAAGUGUUUUGUCUAGACCAUUGAAAAUAACUCCCUCGAGAGUGUGGAUCGAAGAAAGAGUUCAAGAAUAAGUAAACGAAAAAAGGCCAAGAUACGAUUGUUUGCCACGAAAAGUACACCAUUUUGCCUAGCAGAAAUUUAAAAGAAAGAAAAUGCAAAAUUGCAAGUGAUAAGCCUCUGCCUGCCGUCGAGUGGUGUUUAUUGCACACGGGAUAAAUUGGUUUUUUGGGGCAGAAAGGAAUAAGGCAAUCGUGUGACGGGGAUUGCAAUGAGCAAAAAAGGUGAGCUGCUGACACUGCGAUGGAGAGGAUGACGGAAAAUGCUGAAACGAAGAAGGAGCGCCAUUACGGUGUCUGGGAUUUUUCGGUUAUCUAUCCACCAUGCUGCGGUUGCAGUGUGGUCACAAUAUCCGGGCAGUUCGUCAACACGAAUGUCGUUGAACCGAGAGAAUGAAACAAUAGGUCUCUCGGAGACGAUGAAGUUCAACAGAAACUGGCAGAACUGUAUCAACUAAUCAAUACCAACAACAAGAAGCGAUAGUGACAGUCGCACAUGGUAAAGAUAAAAAAGAGGUUCCUGCCUCGGUACCGUUAGUCCGAAUCAAGAAAAAAAAACAAAGUGGUGUUUUGUUGUGGAAAUGUGUGUAAACAGGUUGUUUUUGUAACGAAUGUGCAAAUAAUAGAGGCAGCAGCAACGACAAUAACAACGAGAAAGCAGCAAACCCUACCGCCCCGCCAGUCGAAAAGAUCCGGAAGAGAAGAGUGCGGUGCAUUGUGGAAGAAGUUUUUCCCCAGUUUGUGCUGCAGUGCUCUGCACGAGUGGUCGUGAUUUAGUGAAUGUUGAGUUUAUGAAACUGUGGAUACAAUAAAAAGCGCGCAAGCGAAUAAGCUAAUUUAGAAAAGAAUAUCGAUGUUCACUGGUAAAGUGUUCUAGUUUUAAGUGGAGCAAAAUGGGAGUAAUGUUCAAUUACGAUUAUUGGGCCAACCCGGAUGAGUCGACGGAAGUGACGUUCUUCAUGCCGAACGGCGUCCUCAUCAUACUGAAAUAUUCUAUUACCACGAAGCUUUCGGACCUUAAAGCGGACGUAUGGGAAGAGGCGGAGCGCUACCCACUCUACUGCCAUCUGGGCGACAAAUCGAUGUACUUCUUCAGCACGAUAUCGAGCGCCAACAACAAUAGCUACGAGUUGAACGAUGAGACCAAACGACUGAUGGAUAUCCAGCCAGUAUUGUGCAUGUUUCGCUUUGUGGAGAAGCAAGUUUCGGUUAACAACAAGCUAAUCAACAACAUCACCAACCUGCUCGGGAAGACCCUGUCGGAGAAAACGCUCAAGAACCCGGAGGUGAAUGACUUUCGCACCAAAAUGAGCUACCUCUGCGAGGACAUCGCCAACAAGCGUGCCGCAAUGAAUCGGAUGGAACGGAUAGCGUACCAAUAUCCGCCAAAACUGGUCAGUAGCCAACAUAUACCGGAGCUGGUGAAGAAACGCAUCACCAAUGGGGACUUCUGUGUGGUUGCUAAAAGUGCUGACAUGCAGGUAACGGUGAAAAUACCGUGCAAAGCAACGCCCGAUGAAGUGAUCAAGCGCAUUUUGGAGAAGAAGCAAAUAUUUCUAAACACACGUAACGAAAACAGUGCCGAAUUUAUCCUGAAGGUGUGCGGCCGAGAAGAAUACAUGUUUGGCGAGCAUCCCAUCAUCAACUUCCAGUACGUGCAAGACUCGUUGUCCCGCGAAGAAACGCCAACAUUUGUUCCCAAGUUACUGCGCAAUGUGGACAUUUUCGAGGAUAACAUUUACGAAAUUCCAGAGGACAUUAGCCAGAGAACGAAUAGUACAGGAAGUAGGCAACCGCCGCAUACAUUACGGAAAGUGAAAUACGUUACUAGUUGGGAUACCGAGGGUCCGUUACAGUGUAUGGUGAAGGAAAUUACGUCCUUGAAUUGUGACUCCAAUCGGAAUGUCGAGGUUGGCAUCCAGCUUGGGCUAUUUCAUGGAGGAAAAUCUCUUUGUAAACCAAUGAAAACACAAUUGGUGGCGUUGAAUGGUGGUCGGGCGGUGUGGAAUGAGUCUGUAGUGUUUGAUAUCGAUGUGAAGAAUGUUCCUAGGAUGGCAAGAUUGUGUUUAGUUAUUUAUGAAAAUGUUCGGACGGCGAAAGGUGUUGGAGUGCGAGCACGUCGAACUAAGGACGGUUUUAUGAAUCCCAUCGCUUGGGUGAAUACCAUGUUGUAUGAUUACAAGAAUCAGUUAAAAACCGGGCCGGUCACAUUAUACACUUGGACCUAUGCGGAAGAUCUGCAAUCCGAGGACGUUCUGCAUCCGCUCGGUACGGUUGAGCCGAAUCCCCGGCGGGAUGAGUGUUCCUCGAUAAUUUUAAGCUUUCACAACUACUACCAAGAGAAUAAGAUUAUAGUGUAUCCCUCGGAAGACCAGCUGCUGGCACACGCCGAAAAAAUGCGCCGAAUAAAUAGGCAUUUAAAUCGAGACAGUGCAGAGGAGAUGCGCCCCAUCAAGGAGAUCCUGAUGCCGUACAUGCACAACGAUAGACUGAAUGAUAUGCACGAGCAGGAUCGUAAUGCAAUUUGGGCGAAGCGAAGUGAGUGUAUGAAGUGGGAGCCUGACGGGCUGCCCUGUUUGCUGUACUGCGUUGAGUGGAACGAUCGCAAUGAGGUAGCUGAGAUCGUUUCGCUGCUGCAAGAAUGGCCCAUCCUUCCGGUGGAGCGCGCUCUCGAGCUGCUGGACUACGCAUACGCCGAUCAGUACGUCCGGAGGUACGCGGUGAAGUGUCUUCACGCAAUCCAGGACGACGAGCUGUUGCUCUACCUGCUGCAGCUGGUGCAAGCUAUGAAGCACGAAUCUUAUCUCUACUGUGAUCUGGUCGACAUUCUGUUGCAGCGAUCGUUGAACAAUCAGCAUAUUGGGCACUUUUUCUUCUGGCAUUUACGGUCGGAGAUUCAAGUUCCCUCCGUUCAGGUCCGGUUCGGUCUAAUCCUGGAAGCGUAUUUGAAGGGCAGCCAGGAGCAUAUAUCGAUACUGUUGAAGCAGAUGCAGUGUUUGAGGAAGUUGCAGCAUGGUUCAGAGCUGGUUAAAAAGGGAAAUAAGGAAAAGGGAAAAUCGUUACUGAUGGAUUACCUGCAAGAUAAACCCGUUGGUGAUGCCAUGUCCGAUGUGAUAAGUCCGCUUAAUCCUAGCUUUCGUUGUAAGGCCGUACGUAAAGAGAAGUGCAAAGUAAUGGACUCGAAGAUGCGACCCCUGUGGAUUGUUUAUCAGAAUUCAGACAUUAAUGGGGACGAUAUUAACAUGAUCUUCAAGAACGGUGACGAUCUUCGGCAGGAUAUGCUCACAUUGCAGAUGCUGCGAAUCAUGGAUCGAAUCUGGAAAAGUCAUGGAUACGAUUUUCGAAUGAAUCCGUACAGCUGUAUCAGUACCGAUCGCCGGUUGGGGAUCAUUGAGGUAGUGCUUAAUGCCGAAACUAUUGCUAACAUUCAGAAGGAGAAGGGAAUGUUCUCGGCCACAUCUCCAUUCAAGAAGGGUUCCCUUUUAACGUGGCUCAAAGAGCACAACACAACGGACGAAAUGCUGGCGAAAGCAAUACAGGAAUUCACGCUCAGUUGUGCAGGCUAUUGUGUCGCAACGUACGUCUUAGGAGUAGCCGAUCGGCAUUCCGAUAACAUUAUGGUGAAAAAGACUGGUCAGCUGUUCCAUAUCGAUUUCGGCCACAUCCUCGGCCAUUUCAAGGAAAAGUUCGGUUUCCGUCGAGAACGGGUACCGUUCGUGCUGACACAUGAUUUCGUUUAUGUAAUCAAUAAGGGUCGAACGGAUCGAGAAGCUCACGAGUUUCGACAGUUUCAGCAUCUUUGCGAAGAGGCGUUUUUAAUUCUAAGAAAGCACGGUUGUCUAAUCCUAUCACUGUUUGCCAUGAUGAUCUCGACUGGUCUACCCGAGCUGUCGUCGGAGAAGGAUCUUAACUAUCUAAGGGAAACUUUGGUGCUCGAUCUACCGGAGACGGAAGCGCGCGAACAUUUCAAGUCAAAGUUCAGCGAAGCCUUGGCCAACUCGUGGAAAACGUCGCUCAAUUGGGCUUCGCACAACUUCUCCAAGAACAAUAAACAGUGACAGUUGCGUUACAAUCUCACCAUGUAAGCCCAUCAUGGGGCGGAACAGUGAUUUCAUCGGCCGUUUCCCGUUCCUGCUGGAAAGGAAUUGGUAGAAUAAUGCUUUCAAAAUCGUGGAUAACAAUUAAUGAUUGCAAGUCGAAUUGUGGAACGGCGAUGUACCGCCAGUGCAAGACACUUUACGUAUUCAAUAUAUUGCGCAAUUCGUGAUUCAUUUCUCAUUUAGUAUCGUCAUCUAAAUUGCGAAUUUUCAUAGCGCUAGUAAACAAAUUGUGAAAUCAUGUAUCCCACAUGUAGAUGUCCUUUUGUGGCGUUGUACAGUUUUAAGAGUUAUUUUUAGUUAAUACAAGAAAUAUGCAUGGUAAUUCAGUGAUAAUGAUAAUAUAGUUAGCCUAUUUUUAGUUAGUCACGUUUUUAGUGUACAGUUAAAACAAAUUGUGUAAUUUGCGUUUUCAGUAGGAAAUUUAAAAUUUAUGUUCGUCAAGAUUAGUUAAAACAGGGAGCUUGAAUGGAGAGACUUUGUGGACUUUGUAAUAAAUUUGCGCAAAACGAUUUGCUGGCCUCAUUGGACCGGUCGAUCCCAUCGCGCUAGCCUAGAGAUAUUACCCCAAAUAAACUGCAGAUAGUUGCAAACGACUGAUAGAUCAAAACGUUAUAUUAAAAUUAACUGAAAUGUAUAUUAUUAAAACUGUAACGAAGCAGCUUAUCUAGGCGUUCUAGUUUACUAAUUUAAAAAAAGUGGUUUGAAAGAUUGUAUAGAAUAAGUAAAUCAAUUUUAUAGCAUAGCUUAACCGUAAUCCUAACAUCUAGUACGAUUAGGAAAGGCGGAGUCGUCCGCUUAAAACAAACUUUAAUGGACAAGAAACAGUAAAAUGAUUAACUGAAAAUAUGAAUGAAUCAGUUUCAAACUUAA